AUGCCUUCCACGAAGGUCUUUACGGCCAUCCUGGCCGCUAUGGCCGUUCCUAUGGCUAAUGCCGGCAACUGCAAGCCCAAGCCUAUCACUACAACCGACGUAGUUCUGCCCGGAGUCACAACCUCUGGCACCGUCACUGCUAUCACAUCCGGAACCGAGACUGGCACUCCUACCACCGAGACUUCUGCCGCCACAACCACUGAGGCUGCUUGCUCCAAGUAUACUCCUUACGAACUCCAGCCUGCCGACUGUGGCAAGAAGGGUGUUGCUCCCAACUGUGGUGACAAGAUCAUCGGAACUCCCUCGACUUGUGUAGACUGGACCGAGUGCGGUAACACCUGUGGCAAGACUCUUGGCUGCAAGUCUUUCUCUGUCAAGGGACGCACUUGCACUCUGUACAAGACGGUUGUUGGGGAGCUCGGCUGGACUGCUAGUGAGGGUGCUGGCUCUAGCGAGUUCUACGAUCUUGAGCUUUGCUUCACAUGUGCUGAAGAGUCCAGCGCUACCUCUGGCACUGAGACUGCCACUGGUGGCCAGACUACCGAGACUGCUGCUGGUACCGAGACCACCGACACUGCUGUUGUCCAGACUACCAACACUGCUACUGUUGGUCAGACCACUGAGACUGUUGUUGGCACCGAGACCACUGAAACCGCUGCUGUUACCGAGACCACUGAGACUGCUGCCAGCACUGGAACCACCGACACUGCUGUUGUCCAGACUACCAACACUGCUACUGUUGGUCAGACCACUGAGACUGUUGUUGGCACCGAGACCACUGAAACCGCUGCUGUUACUGAGACCACCGAGACUGCUGCUGGUGUUCAAACUACCGACACUGCUGCCGGCACUGAGACUACAGAGGCUGCCGUCACUACUACUGAGGCUGCUUCCACAACUGCUGCUGGCUGCACUGCUGCUUACACCACCGUUGACAGCGCCCCUGUCGAGUCUUGCGCCGUCAUGGGCCGAUCCCAGGAUGGUUCCCCCAUUGAGAUGUAUAGAGAUAUCGACAGUGCCGACGAGUGUGCCACCAAGUGCGCUGACUUUGUCAAUGAGGAAAACGCUGGCGAGGUCUGCAACACCUUCUCUUACCAGGUUGAGUCUGGUUCAUGCCAACUUUACGCCGAUUCGCUGUACGAACUGAACGUUGACGAUUCCGAAUGCGAAGAGGGCUCCAUCUGCCCGGCGGACUCCUCCUUUUACGAGCUCCACGCCUGCUAUGCUAAGUGCGAUGGGUAUGUUGUUCCUACAACCACCGAGGCUGGCACCACUGAGGCUACUGGCACCACCGACGCUGCUGUCACCACUGAUGCCGCUACUACCACCGAGGCCGGUACCACUGAGGCUGCUGGUACCACUACUGAGGAGGCUGCUGGUACUACUACUACCGAGGAGGCUGCUGGUACUACUACUACCAAGGAGGCUGCUGGUACCACUACUGAGGAGGCUGCUGGUACUACUACUACCGAGGAGGCUGCUGGCACCACCACCGAAGCUGCUACUACUACUGAAGCUGGCACAACCACUGAGGCUGCUGGUACUACUACUACCGAGGAGGCUGCUGGUACCACUACUGAGGAGGCUGCUGGUACUACUACUACCGAGGAGGCUGCUGGCACCACCACCGAAGCUGCUACUACUACUGAAGCUGGCACAACCACUGAGGCUGCUACCACCACCGAGGCCGCUACCACUACUGAAGCUGCUCCCGUCUGCACAAACUACAUCCCCAAGCCCAACCGCCCCAGCACUUGCGGCCAGCAAGGCAAGGUCAGCUGCCGUUCUUCUCAGAAGCUCGGCCAGCCCGUAUGGACUGCCAGCGCCGACAAGUGUGGCAAGAUCUGCGGAACCACCGAGGGCUGCAAGACCUUCUCCUUCACGUACAACGGCUCCAAGUGCCAGCUCUACAGCGCUGCUCUGGACCAGCUCACCUUCACUCCUUGCAACACUGGCGUCAAGUUCUACGACCUUGAGAAAUGCUACAGUUGCCAGAACGAGGUCACUCCCACUCCUCCUGCCACAUGCUCCAAGUAUGUUUCCGACCCCAACUGCAGCAGCAACACCUACUGCGGUACUCGCGGUUCCAUCUGCGAGGAGGUACUCAUUCCCAACGUCGGUGAUGCCUCAUGCCUUGAGAACUGUGCCAAGAGCUGUAUCGAAUACGGCGCCGAGUGUGUGUACUUCAGCUACAAGCCCACCACCCCCUGGGGCAGCGCCAAGUGCAAGCUGUACAAGUCUGGCAAGAUCAUCAAGAACAAGAACUCCAUCAUCAAGUUCUACCAGCAGCCUUGCUUCAAGUGCCAGAACCCUCCUGCUCUGUAA